UCCUAAUUUAAUUUGGUUAGUUGGUAUUAUAAAUAAGGGUGUUCUAUUACAUAUUUUUUCAUAUAGUAAGAUACUUGUGUUAUUUUAUAAAGCCUCCUCCCUCUCAUCUCUAAUUGCUCUGUGAACAUGAGUGACGAAAGAAGAGUUCACCCAAAUUGUGGGAAUGGUUCGAACCCUUAUCAUGAAUGCAGUGAAUAUUGCUUCAAAAUAAUAGCGGCAAUAAAGAAGCAAAUGAUCAAAGCUGAAACAUGUGUGUUGCAAGCUAAUACUGUUGAUGUUCAUCGCUCCGAUGCACCUGAUGAAAGAGAUGGUGUUGAAAGUCACAGUGAUGAUGGAGAGGAUAAUAUGGGAGAAGAGUCGGUGAAUCUGAUAACAGGGAGGAAGAGGAAGUUAUUUGAAUUGAGGUUAAAAAUGAAUGUGGCAAGAAAAGCUAAUCAAUCUGCAAUGGUAGUAGAGAAGAAAAAAACAGAAGCUCCCCCUGCAGAGUGUAGAGGAAUGUCCAAGCAACAAUGGAUUGAAGAGAGGAAGAAGAAAAUCGGGAAUUUGUUGGAUGCCAAAGGGUUAGAUAUGAGCAAGGCAUAUAUGCUAGAUACACAAGAGUCUGCAGAGACAAAGUAUAAGAAAUGGGAGAAGGAGCCUGCUCCAGCUGGUUGGGAUGUUUUUAAUAAGAAGACGCUAUACAAUGCAUACAAGAAGCGGACAAAGAAUGUUGAUGUUGAUGUAGAUGAGUACAAUAGAAUGAAGGAAACUGUUCCAGAAUUUUAUCGAGAAGCUUCAAGUCUCCAGUAUGGAAAGGCACCAAAAUUGUCAGACGAAAAGAUAGAGAGGAUGGUGAAGGAGCUAAAGGACAGGGACGAGAAGCGCCAAUCAUUUAGUCGGAGGAGAAAGUUCCAUGAAGAGAAAGACAUUGACUCUAUUAAUGAUCGUAACGAGCAUUUCAAUAAAAAGAUUGAGCGUGCCUUUGGAAAAUACACCUUGGAGAUCAAGAAUAACCUUGAGAGAGGAUCUGCUUUGCCUGAUUGAGCUAUAUUAAUAUGUACUUUAAUUUUCUGUAUCCUAGAGUGAUGGCCUUUCUUGGUUUAAUUAUGCAUUUUCAAGUAGAGAAAAGGAAAUAAUCUUUUCUUUUGAAAUCAAUUUGUAGAAAUAUUUUCACUAAUGAUUAUUGAAAGGUCCA